AUGUUGAACAUGGGCGGGCCGUCGACGGUGGCUGAGACCCAUGAUUUUCUAAAGAAUCUCUUUUUGGACAACGACCUUAUCCCGCUGCCUUUUCAACGGUUCCUUGCACCUGUAAUAGCCCGCCGACGGACACCCCAAAUUGAGCAACAGUAUACGGACAUUGGAGGCGGGUCACCUAUACUACGAUACACUCAGCUGCAAGGCGAAGGAUUGGCCUGUCUUUUGGAUGAACUGCAUCCGGAAACCGCCCCGCAUAAAAGUUAUGUCGCAUUCCGGUAUGCGAACCCACUCACGCAGGAGACAGCACGCCAGAUGAAGGCCGACGGUGUCAAGCGGGCUAUCGCGUUCACACAGUACCCUCAAUACAGCUGCAGCACGACCGGGAGCAGUCUGAACGAAAUUUUCCGGCGUGGAAAAGCGGCAGAGUUUGGGGACGUGGAAUGGAGCGUGAUAGACAGGUGGGGGACGCAUCCAGGCUUUGUGGAGGCAGUGGCGAUAAAUAUCGAAGCCGCCUUGGCAAAAUUCCCGGCAGCAACACGCGACAAGACCGUUCUCUUGUUUUCUGCGCACUCGCUACCGAUGUCUGUGGUGAACCGAGGGGACCCGUAUAUCAUGGAGGUGUCUGCGACUGUUUCUGCGGUCAUGGACAGACUGGGGCACUCUAACCCCUACCGUUUGGUGUGGCAGUCGCAGGUUGGUCCGUCGGCAUGGAUGGGAAUGCAAACGGGCGACGCCUUGAAAGGACUAGCUCGCCUGGGCGAGAAGCAAGUAGUGUUGGUUCCAAUUGCAUUUACAAGCGACCACAUUGAGACAUUGUACGAACUCGAUUUGGAGUAUGCCAAAGAGGCAAGGAAGCAUGGGAUCGAAGUGUACCGUGCUGAAUCUUUGAAUGAUUCCCCCGUCUUUAUCCGUGCACUAGCUGAUAUUGCAGCAGAGCAUUUGCGUCAAGGUGAACGUGGGCCGACGAGCGUGCAGCUAGGACUGCGAUGCCCUGGCUGCACGAAUGCGACAUGCGGGCAACAAAAAGAGUGGUUCAGGCAGGGGGGACGUUAA